AUGGAUAUGGAUACGCUAACUAAAAAUGAGAUAAAAGUAGAAACUCUAGAAAAUUUUUUGGAAAUGUCAAAAGGAGAGCUGCAGUUUUAUCUCAAACAGCGUGGUUUUACAGUUUCCGGCAAUCAUAGCUCCUUAGCUGCUACAGCUUUAAUGGCAUGUGAGCAAAAAAUUAAAGUGGUACCAAGUACUGAAAAUGCUUGCAAUAAAUUAAAUAGUGACUACGCAAAUCUACUGAAAUCGUUUAAAAUAGAUUUCGACCCGUUGAAAGCAAAUGAUUUUGUAGACGAUAUGCGACAAUGGCCUGUUACAAAUAUUGGACAAAUAUUUGCUUUUAUCAUCGAAAGCAAAGCAUUUGAAACUGAAUACAUUGGUCAGUACAAACUUAAAAAAGCAUAUUCAUACUUUGGAAGUGGUUUUGUUGGCAAGUUGUUUAGCAAAAAAAUGAACGAUUAUAUUAUGAUACGUUCAUCGGUCUCUCCUUCUCAACAUAUACGAGAAAAAUCCCAUCAACUUUGGAUUUUGUUUAAUGUGGAUGGCAGCAUUUGCACCGCGUUUUGCACGUGUACCGCAGGACAAAGUAAUUGUUGUAAUCACGUUGCUGCGGUACUUUAUAAAAUAGAAUAUGCGAACACUAAAGACAUAACGAACCCUAUUUGUACUGAUAAUAUUUGCAGCUGGAAUGCUCUGUCCAAAGAAAUUCAACCAAGUAUGGUGAAAGAUAUGAACUUUGUUAAACAUAAAAGUGGUAAAUUGCAGAAAAAUCUUUUGAUUUACAAAGAAAAAAAUGAUUUUGAUCCUAGACCAGUAGAAAUGCGCGAAAUUACGGAAGUUGAAAAAAAACAAUUUUUAUUAAAUAUCAAGGAAGUUCUUCCUAACGCCGCUCUAAAUAUAAUGUUUACCCCUCCGCCAGAUAAUGAUGUGCCACUUCCGAUAACAGAAAUUGCUUCAGCAGCACGUAGUUGUUUCCCAACGGAGCUAAGCUGUGUGACUGAUAGAUUUCUUGGUAUGCUGACAUUUAACGACAAUCAACUUCAAGAAUUAGAAAAAGCUACAAGAAAUCAAUCACACUCAAACCAAUGGUGGGAACAACGCAGAGGAAGAAUAACAUCAUCAUGUUUCUAUUCCAUUCACCAAAAGGUUACAUCUCUUCUGAGAAGCCAUGAUAAAGACGUUAAAUGCAAAGUUGCGCCACUUCUUAAGGCUAUUGUCGACCCUGUUGAAUUAAAGAAUGUUGCACCUCUAAAUUGGGGUAAAGAAAACGAAAAAAAUGCUGCUAAAAUAUUUAUGUCAACUGAGGGCGUAAGACAUCAAAAUCCUAAGCUAAUAACCUGUGGUUUAUUUGUGCACAAACCGCACCCGUAUCUUGGUGCUUCUCCGGACAACAUAUUUCAAUGUCGUUGUUGCCUAAAAUCUUGUGUAGAAUACAAAUGUCCUUUUAGUAUUCGGGACGAAGAUAUAAGCGUUUCAUGGAAAAAAACGGAUUUUUUGGAAAUGGUUGACGGGAAAGUAGUGCUUAAAAGAAAUCACAAAUAUUACACCCAAAUAAUCGGCCAAAUGGCAAUCACUGGUUAUAAAUCCACGUACUUCGUAGUCUAUACAAAAAAAGAUGUUUUAGUAAAUAAAAUCACGUUCGAUGAAGAACAUUGGCAGAAAGUGCUUCCAAGCUUAAUUCUGUUUUUUAAAACGUAUGUGCAACGUUACCUACUUGGAUUUAUGCAACUGUAUACAUGCCCAUUGUGCGAUAAGCCAUGCUUAAAUGAAAAUGAAUUUAAAAAUAAAGAAGAUAACAGCAUUGAUUGUGACAUUUGUGGUCUUUGGUUUCAUUGGGAUUGUUGUGGACUAGUUCAAAGAACUGUUUUAAAAGAUAGAUUUAUUUGCAUUUUUUGCCAAUAACUGAUAAAUCACAACAUUGAUUUAUAGACAUUACAGAUAUUAAAUGUAUUAAAUUAAGCAUUAAUUUCAGAAAAUAAUCUUUUUACUAAUCAUUUGUUUUAAUUCAUAAAAGUAUUAAAGCGAAAAACUAUUGACUCAAAAGAUAUUAAAAGGUUUAUAAUGACGUGUAUUUACUGCUAAAUUAUUUAAAUUUAUUAUAAAAAACAAGAAAAAAUGAGGUCUAUAUUUAGUUUUAGUAGUGUAUUUAUAUAAGA